GACUGGAAGGGAUUAUUCCGUUCACCACUUGAUACUCGGGACUCACACAUCGGAUGAACAAAAUCACCUACUGAUAGUUACAGUUCAUCUGCCAAAUGAUCAGGCAGAAUUCGAUGCAAGUGCUUAUGAUAGUCAACGAGGUGAUUUCGGUGGAUUUUAUUUCCCAUCUGGCAAAUUGGAAAUAUCAAUGAAAAUCAAUCAUGAAGGGGAGGUGAAUCGUGCUCGGUUUAUGCCACAAAAUUCAGAUAUAAUAGCUACUAAAACACCUAGUGGAGAUGUUUUAAUAUUUAAUUAUCCAAGCCAUCCUGCAAAUGCAUCAUUGGAGCAAUGUUGUCGACCGGAUUUACGUCUUACAGUAAAAAAAAUAAGAUGCUAG